AUGAAUGCUAAUAUUAAAACACGAAAAGUAUCAGGUGUUUGUGAAAAAAAUUCAAUUGAUGAACAUCCAUUAAAUUAUGAUAAAUCUGAUCCAUUUGAUAUUUGUGCUGCAUUCUAUGCACUAGUUUAUUAUGGAAAUCCAUUAGUGAACUAUCUAUCAGCUGGUGCAGUCUAUUUACCGAAAUUUAAAGGGCAAUUAUGUCGUGUUACAAAAGCAACUGGCAUUGGAAAAUAA